GCUGCAAUCGUUCCAGGAAACAGUUAGAUUACAGUCCCCGGCAAGGUUCAGAUUUCCAUCUAACGUUGUCUUUUGUGUACAGAGCUAUAGCUAAUACUGAAAACACUAAAUGUUAAGCCUCCACAUUUCCAUUUAAAUUGUAUCAUUUAACUCUUCCUUUUUUUUUCUUCUUUUUUAAGAACUUGAGUUGUCAAUUCAUGAUGAAGAGCCUUCUUUUGUCUCUCUUACUUGUCUCUGUUCUGUUUAUGAACAGCUUCUCAGAAGUGCAGGGAAGAAAAUGGAAAGGGAAAGGUACAACACAAAACCUGGAAAGUGUUGUCACUGGAAGAUGCUAUGACUAUAUUAGAAUUGUGAAUCCUGCUGUCGGUGAGAAGAAUUGUUCAGAGAUAUGGGAAGCAUUUAAAAAUGCAUUUAUUAACAAGGAUCCUUGCAGCAUUCUACCUAAGGACUAUGAAUUAUUUAUCAACCUGUCAUUGCACCCAAUUCCACCAAACAAGUCUCUCUUCUGGGAAAAUAAUCACCUGCUAGUCAUCAGCUUUGCUGGCAGAGGCCGUCACUACAUGUCACUGGGUGAUACUCUGAUUGGCUUCUUUGGAGAUCUUCUAAACUGGUGCGGGCAGGCAAACAGCUCUGGACUGGACUAUGAAUCCUGCCCUACCACAGAAGAAUGUGAAAACAACGCAGUGGAAUCUUUCUGGAGGAUGGCCUCGAUCACUUAUGCGCAGCACAGUUCUGGGGUGAUACAUGUCUUGUUGAAUGGUUCUGCAGUUGGAGGAGCUUAUCCAGACCCAGGUUUUUUUGCAGAUUACGAAAUACCUAAUCUCCAGAAAGACAAAAUCUCACAAGUUGUCAUCUGGGUUGUGGAUGAUAUUGAAGGACCAGAUAGAGAUUCCUGUGGAAUUCACACUGUAAAGAUACUAGAAGACAGGCUGAAAACCCUUGGUUAUGAUGUCACCUGCACUGACAAUUACAAGCCUGUAAUGUUCUUACUCUGCCUGGAUUAUCCUGAUGAUUCUAAGUGUACCCUUUCAUCAUCUGCACCAGCAGUACAAAGAGGACCUAUAUCUUCAGGCAGAGGAGGCAGCUGGGACAAGCUCAUGUUUGUUUCUUUUGUAGGCUUUUUGUUCAGAUUUGCUCUAGUGUUCUAAGUUAGCCAACUGAAUCCAUGUCCUCUGUUUGCCUUAGCUGGCUAUAAAUUUGGCUUUAACUAAUUUCUAAUUGCAAUUUCUCCCUAGUUCUGGGACUGGCAAACCUGCGUAUUAAAACCCUGCAUACUUCUAUCUAGAUACCAACUACUUUUAGUAUAAAAAAUCAUUCUACUGCUGCUAGAAAGCCUCACCCUUCAUUUCCUUUUCUUGAAGAAGAAAUCCUCUUACCCUUAUUCUCCAGAAUUAAACUGAGAAUAAUACUUCUGUUCAUAUGUUUCAGAAAGAAAAAUGAAACUAUGCCUGUCAUACAUCUCCCACGCAGCUUACUUGUUCAUAUAAACAAUCCUAGCAUUUGGCCUUGGAAACUAAGUGUCUGAUUAUCAUGUUUCGGGAAAGGGAAAUAUGAAUUCAGAUGGGAGAGGGCUUAGAUUGCUCACUUGGUACAAGAUAUAUUAGGUAAGACAGUGGAAAAAUUAAACUGAUUUUCAUAAGUGGUCUAGUACUUGGGCCAAACUUACCUGAAACCAUCAUAUAGCAAGAUUCUGGCUUGCAUACUUCCAUACAGUAUUUUACCAGAUACUAUCGAUUGCUUCGUCAUCCACACAGCUGUUCUUCAGCUGCCUGUUUCCUGGCCACUGGAUAGCCAAUAGUCAGGAAUACCAGGUCUAGAAAGCUCCACGGGUUUUCCACCGUGAUGUGAUAAGUAGAUUUAUGGCGUAUCAAUUUCAGAUGAGAACCUGCCAAGUCAGACAUCUGCCUGCUUGCAGUGAACUCCGUUAGCAUGUUUUGGAAUAUAUUGAGGAGAGAGCAGAUGCCAUCUUGAAGGUCUCCUAUGAAUUAUAUCUAAGUGUUCAGACUAGAUGUACUUCUAAACCACCAAGACAUCCAGCUACCAAGAAGACACAUAAAUCUUUGGAAAUAAAUAGUUGUUUUUCUAGGAGAUAGCUUUAAUUACAAUUUUCUUGAACAUUCUCUGGUAGCUUCUGUAUUAUUUAUUUGGUUUUGUAUUAACUGAUUGUCAGGAAACUGCGAAAGGACAUUCCAUUUAUCUCAGUGGAUCUGAUUUAGGACUUCAUACUUCAGACACGUCCAAAAGCACUGAAAUCAGAAGUUACAGACCUUUGAAAACCAGGGCUGUGUUAUGCUUCAAAAUUGACCCCUACCCAUGCUGAAACAUUAGUCCUUUGAUUAGUUCCUUCAACGUCCUCCUUGUUUUUAUUGCUUGUUUGAUGCUCUCCUUAGCAGCUGCCAGAAUAAUAAGAGAGGUUUGUAACACACAGCGCAGGUAACUAAACCCAAGCAAUUUUGAUCAGCCUUCUCUUUACCCACAGCAGAUCACAUCAUGAUACAUUUUGGACCUCAGGCUGUAGAGAUAGUGCAUAUGAGGCCCACAGAUAGGUGUCUAAGCCAUCUUUCAGUCUCGUGUUGUCCUACCCACUGACCUGCAUAUUAUAGUGUGUGUGGGAUUCAGAGCGUAGCUUAAUACCACUAACAAGCCAUAUGCCUCUUGGCAACUUCCACCCAGAAGCCAAGCAUCCAGCUGGCCAAUUUUUGCUUUCCAACCUAUGAAAGCUUUCCAGCCUCUGGAUACAAUCUGCCCCAGGAGUGUAGUCAGUGCUGGCCAUUACGUAUGACACCAAACACACUGUAGGAAGCUCUAAAUAAAUCUGUUUUGAAAAAAAAACCCCACAUCUAAAAUACAAAGUAGGAUAGAUAUGAUUCAAAUAAUUGGAGGUUAUUUACUGCAUAACCUUUUAUCAAGACCAACACACUCAGAAACCUCUGCCUGUGUUUUCUUACUUCUAAUGUUCUCGCCUCCUUUCCCAUUACUUCAACCCAGUAGUAAAGACAGCGUUUUUUUCCAAUAUCUUUUGAAUAAAGUUUCCCAGACUUGCUGGAAGACCUUGGGAAGAUCUGUAAAGCUUUUCAGCUAACCCACAAAUAUAGCUGGGAAAAAAAAAAAAAAGAAGGCAAAGUUUUAGAUACGUAGGCUUCCUGAGAUCUUAAAGGCAGCAAAUCUCAAGCUGAGUGUGGAUCGGUUGUUCUGAGUUUAAUAUAACGGUUUUAACAUGUGCGAAAGAACAGCGUGACUGGCAUCGCAGAAGCCGAGGGGCAGAAGAAGUGUCAGCAAAGCGAGAAACGAUAAGGUCAAUUGUUACUCCCAGAGGGAGGGAGAGACGCGAACAAAAAGUUGUGAGCAAAAGAGUCCCUUGUAUCUGUCUCUUUCUUAUUUCUAUAUCUACAAAGUGAGUGAAUAGCGCUGUUUACGCAUAUAUUUUACACUUCUGUGGUGAGAAUCGGCUAGGUAUGCCUGUGCUCUGUCUUGAAUGCUCAAUAAAUGCUCUGAUUAGCAAUGUCUUAUGUAACAGCUGUGCCAAAUUUGGAGAAAUCAUAAUGUCUAAAAGGCAUCUGCCCUUCUCUGUAAACUCAUGCAAGCCUGGUAAUGUUCAGCAGGGUGCUUCAAAUACAGAUUCAAAAUGAUUCAAUCAUUCAUACUUGUACUAGCAGUACUGUGAAACCAGCUGCUUCUGGACCUGAAUUCAAGGGGGAAAAUGUUUCAUAUGAAAACAUUGUAUAUAUCACUUCAUUUUGAAUCCAGCUGAAUGCCACAAUUGUGCAUAGAUCUGUUAACAUCCACCUAUUCAUGGCAGAUGAAAGCAUCAUGUACAGGAGCAUUACAAGGCUCUGCAUUUCUGCAGACAGACCUGUGGAAGCUGCUGAUACUAAGGUAGUAUUUCCUGUCUUUGCCCAUUUUGUGGGCCACUUAAGAACUCAGUUAUGUCACACACUUCAUUCCUAUAUAGAAAUAAAUAUAAUCUCCCCUUCUGCUAAUCUAUUUUUUUUCCUGCUGCACGUGUUCCAGUCAUUGUAUCUGACAAAAGCUGAACUCUAAUUCAGAAUAAUUCCUUUAUUCAGCACGUAUGUGCAUGCACACAUAUACACUGCUCAUACCUGCUCUGUCUACUUUUAAAUGCCAGCUCUGGAGUGCUCUGGAGUAAGAAUUUAUGAGAAUAAAGCAAGGACAAAACUUG